CGUGUGGGAGGCGGGAUCCCCCGGCCCCUCCUCCGCCGUCGGGCGCCGCCCCGCCCCCGCCCCCGACCCGGGCCCUCCGGAGCUUGUGCAGCGAGGAGCCGGCGGGCGAGCGGGCGUCCCUGCAGCCAGCGAGCAGGAGCAGGAGGAGGAGGAGGAGGAGGAGCCGCCGCCGCGCCGGGGGCAGCCGGGGGAACCGAGGAGGGCGCCCCAGGUGGUUGCCCCCUCCGUCUCCUGGGAUGUCAGGAAGGAGGGGGCCACCUGUGUCCCCCACAGGGGCCCCCCGGAGCCCGGGGGCCCCCAGCCCUGGAGCUCGGAGGCGGAGGAGGUGCUGACAGGUCUGGUAACCACCCGCCGCCGCUUUUCAGUCCUCUCCAGGCCACCCUGUCCCAGAACCCACAGGCUUGCAGAAUGUUCGAGAGAAAUGGCAACAUCCAAGCCCCGCCCCCUGCCAGCAUCUCCAGGCCUUGGGUCGUUUUCACGGACAGGGAAACCAAAGCCCCACCUGAGAGGAAGUGUCUUACCUUCUUAGUGGCCGUUUUAAGCUGAACGUGGGUCUCCCUGGGAUUCUGGGACUUGAUCUUUCUCAGAAUUUUGGAACCUCAAACCUCCUCCAGGCUGCCGGGCUUAGGGUUCCUGGAAGCUAGAGAGAGGCAGGAUGGCAGAGUAGAGUGGCCUGGACAGGCUGAGAGUCCCAUCUCUGGCAUUCGCUGGCUGUGUGACCUGAGGCAAGCCAUGAACCUCUCUGAGCCUGUAUGUUAGCGCUUAUUGGCCAUUCUCAAUAAUGGAAGAAGAAUUAGCAUGAAUCUGAAAGUGGGGCGUUAUCGAAGUCCUAGAAUACCGGGCUCCAAUACAAGGGCCUCCCCGUGAUGGUGGCACGCAGGUCCCCCUGGAGUUCCCUUCGGUCCCUCCACUAAGCUAUCUUCCUCUCUAACUGCAGGUUCCCUCUCUGUAUCCUCAGGUGCUCAGCGAGAUGCUCCCCCACCCCUCAGGCUCCCUCCCCAUCCUCCUACUUUUCCUCCUUCCCAGUGUCCCCAUGGAGCCCUACCCCCCGCCCUCACCACUGCCCCCAUUUCCAGCCGCAGAAUGGGACCUCUUGUCGCCCCGAGUAGCCCUGUCCAGGGGUACCCCCGCGGGGCCUCCCCUGCUCUUCCUGCUGGAGGCUGGGGCCUUUGGGGAGCCAGCUGGCAGCCCGGCCAACCGCAGUCGGCGGGGGGUGAGCGAGACAGCACCAGCAAGUCGCCGGGGAGAGCUGGCCGUGUGUGAUGCAGUCAGUGGCUGGGUGACAGACCGCCGGACUGCCGUGGACCUGCGUGGGCGUGAGGUGGAGGUGCUGGGCGAGGUGCCUGCGGCUGGUGGCAGUCCCCUUCGCCAGUACUUCUUUGAAACCCGCUGCAAGGCUGACAGCACUGGGGAGGACGGCCCCGGUGGGGGUGGAGGGGGCUGCCGGGGCGUGGACCGGAGGCACUGGGUGUCUGAAUGUAAGGCCAAGCAGUCCUACGUGCGGGCAUUGACUGCUGAUGCCCAGGGCCGUGUGGGCUGGCGAUGGAUUCGAAUUGACACCGCCUGCGUCUGCACCCUCCUCAGCCGGACUGGCCGGGCCUGAGGCCUAUGCCCAGGCACUGGGCAGGCAGAAGAAGAAGAGAGCUGGAUGCUGAGAGACCUCAGGGGUGGCCUGGCUGCUGUGGGCCUCCGUUUGGGAACUUGGCAAAUGGUCACAAAAAUCACAGCUCUCUGAUUUUGAGAGCUUACUCUGGGCAAGAUAGAUUGUGAAACCCACCGGGGUUUUGAAGGAUGAAUAGGAGUUCUCCUGGAUGAACUUGAGGAUGAGGAUGAUAGCCAUUAUUUUCUGAGCGCCUACUGUUUAUCAGCUCUAAUACACAACUUGUCAGAUCAA